AAUUAAAAUAGAGGAGUCUGAAGAAGGGUCUUGACCCAAAACAUCAUCCACUCCUUGUCCCGCUGAGUUACUCCAGCAUUUUGUGUCUACCUUCGAUUUAAACCAGCAUCUGCAGUUCUUUCCUACACAUAAGGAUAUAAUAUUGCAGGUUUGCCUUAUUUCAGCCCACCUGAAUUUACUAUCGCUGCAAUUAUCUACUCUCUGUUAUAACAUUAUUCCUGUACGUCUUCUUUACGCUUCCAUAUCGUUACUUUGCAUUUAUUUCGAAAUAGCCUCUAUUGCAUUGGCCACAUUAUUACCUUUUUUAUUUCUGUUUAUUCCUAGUAGACCUGGCUGACUUCUCAGAUGUUGCAGUAUCUUCACCAUCUGAACCCUUAAUUGGUUGACUGCAUUAGACAACAAAUUAGUUUAGUUUGGUUAAGAGAUACAGGGCAGAAACAGGCCCUUCGGCCCAACGAGUCUGCGCCGACCAGCGAUCCCCGCGCAUUAACUCUAUCCACACACACACUAGGGGCAAUUUUACACUUAUACAUUUAUACCAAGCCAAUUAACCUACAAACCUGUAUGUCUUUGGAGUGUGGGAGGAAACUGAAGAUCCCGGAGAAAACCCAUGCAUGUCAUGGGGAGAAUGUACAAACUCUGGCACUGUUAAUAAGGCAGUAGGUCUCCCGCUACACCACAGUGCCACGCAUUUGUUGGUGUCAUUUUAUUUCAAAAUAUAUGGACGUUGAACUAGGCGUAUGGCAUAUUAACAAAUUCAUUACAGGUGAGUUAUAUACAAUACAAUCCCUUCAAUGUUUGAUCUAAUAGAGUGUGGUGCAUUAACUAUGUGAAAGGUCCUCCCAGGUAAAGCUCUGCAACAUGCUCAUGCCAACACUCUCCCCUGCUACUUUUAGUUCAGACCUGCCACAGUUUGACAGCUUACUUCGUGAUGCUGACUUUAAAAAUGUCAGUGGUUUGCACUGCUCUCUGGCGUCCUCUCUUCCUAUCCUAUGAUCUCCUCGUUCAAAUCCAAGGAUUGCUCCAAGCUAGGAGGGAGAGGUAGAUGAGCUAUGAUAGAAUGGUGAAGUAGAUAAUGGGCCGAAUGGCCUAAUUCUUCUCCGAUCACUUAUGAUCUCAUGAUCAUCAGAAGCUACUUGUAUCAAACCUCCCAGCCACAUCCAACAUCCGUCACAUCAAUUUGAAGAGUCCCAACUCAAAUUGAGGCCCAGUACCAUUUGUUACAUGUUACCAACCAGAAAAAGAGUCAUUCUGUUUCCUUCCUGUUCAGCAAUCCUCUCCUAUCCACCUUAACUUGCCACCUCCUGCACCACGUUUUUUGUAAUUUUUAGUAAUUACAUAGAAAUAUACUCCAUCUGUCCAGAAACCUCAAAUACAACUUUGACCAGUUAUUGUCAUAGAGUCAUGGAAACAGGCCCUUCGGCCCAACUUGCCCAUGCGCACCAGCAGGAAAGUAACGCCCAUUACUUUCACUGAUUGCGAUUACCUUACUUUUGGGCAAGACCAAAUGAUUUUUGUUAACCUUAUUUUAUUUAACUGUACUUGCCCCAUGGGUACUUUGGGUAGAGGUGCAGAAACCGGAAUAGGAAUCCUUUAGUUUAUCCCAAAUGGAUUUUGCAGAAACCCUUUCUUUACUCCCGCCGCCGCACCUUGGGACAAAUUUCGACAUAAGAAACGAACUCAGGUUACGAAUUGGUGAAGUUUCAACAAUUUGAGAUUAAAUUAUAUUAAACACACUUGAGAUUAAAUUAGUUACUUUUGAACCAAAAUUAUUAUUAUUUUUUAAUUGGCGGGUAUUGCGCUUUGAUUAGCUGCAAUAACGGAAUUGCAAAGUUGGAUGGAUCAAUGAUUUCACAAGGCGUUAAACUGAUCCAUUGGCCUGCAGUUUCCUGCAUUCCUCGAUAGCUGGCACUGUCCGCUCUCCAUCUACACAAGCAGACGCCGAUCAUUCGCGUUGGAAGCAGGGGCGCGGCAGCUUCCAGGAAACGAUUGCACUGGGUUUGGGGCGAUAUUUCUAUUGCAAUCCUUUCCGUGGGCUUUCUCUCGCUUUCUCUGUCUGCUGACAAGGAAGGACACUGGCGUUACGAAAAAAAAACUUUGCAGCCGCUGUCUGGGAUUGCCGCUGGGAUUGUAACGCGGCUCUCUCUGUCCAGUCCAAGGUGCUGAAAUGCGGUCUGGCUUCUCGGCGGUAGACGCGACCGGGAUCGCCGCUGAGAAGUUACAUUGCAGUUUCUAGCGCAAUGGCACGUGAACAUCUUCACUUCUGAUGUCCAAGUGCUUCCCGUUGCUUCCAGGAUGCGUGGCAGGGUUUGACGGAAUGGGCCGUUUUCUGCUAUAUAUAAAAUCAACGGUGCUACUGGUUUUCGGCUAUUUCAACAUCUGCCUGAUCACAGCAGACAUAUUAGCAGCUCCGGUCAAUGUCACAGUGCGACACCUACAGGCCAACUCAGCAGUGGUAUCAUGGGAGGUUCCUGAUGGAGAUGCUGUCAUCGGCUACGCUAUAUCGCAGCAGAGAAAGGAUGUGCGAAUGUUACGUCUUAUCCAGGAAGUGAAUACCACAACGCGCUCCUGCAUGCUGUGGGACUUAGAGGAGGACACAGAGUACACUGUCCACGUGCAGUCCAUCAGCCUGACCGGUGUGAGCCCGGCCAGUGAGCCCAUCUCCUUCAGGACCGCUAAAGAAGCUGAGAAAUUGGCCUUAAAAGAUGAGGUGACAACAAAGAUGUCACAGCGGCGAUCCACACAAUUAAGAACAGGAGAGAUGAUCAUCAUUGUGGUUGUUCUAGUCAUGUGGGCAGGGGUGAUAGCUUUGUUUUGUAGGCAAUAUGAUAUCAUCAAAGACAAUGAACCCAACAACAACAAGGACAAAGCCAAGAGCUCUUCAGAAUACAGCACUCCGGAGCAUCCAACAGGGGGGCUGCUACGCAGCAAGUUUCCGAAGAACAAGCCUUCUGUACACAUCAUUGAAGCCUGACUGUUACGCGGCUAAGAGGAUGGUUUAAUUAAUCCAUUAACUUUCUCUUGGGAAGAAGCAGCAGCCUGCAGCGGAACACCAAGCGCACCCUGCUUCAUAAACAGAUUUAAAAGCACACGUUAAUCAAGGCUUCCUAGGAAUGAUCAUCUUCAACAAGGACAAGAGGCAGUUUCAUUCCUCACUCGUGGAGAAGAGGCAGUUUCAUUCCUCACUCGUGGAGAAGAGGCAGUUUAAUUCCUCACUCAUGGAGAAGAGGCAGUUUAAUUCCUCACUCAUGGAGAAGAGGCAGUUUAAUUCCUCACUCGUGGAGAAGAGGCAGUUUAAUUCCUCACUCGUGGAGAAGAUGCAAAGGGUUUGAGGAUUUUGUACGCUGCGGCAAAAGGAAUUUUUCCCAAGAUUUCACGUCUACAUUCCCGUGAACGGAUAUUCCAACGCACAAACAAACGGCGAGAAAUGGCUGCGUAGCUUCAAUGUUCACACACUGACUGUUCUUUGGAUGAAAUAUUAAUUGACAAAAGCCAUCGCAGAAACAAAUGCAAACAACAGGAUAUUAAAAACAUUGGUAAAGGAACAAUGAGGAAUAUGACUUGGACCACUGUCCAUGGUGACAUAACUUCAUGAUCUCCGUACAAACAAAGCAACUUCCCUGCAAAGAGCGUGGCGAGACGUCUUUUGAAGUUCAUCGAGAACUUUUUUUUGUUGCAAAGAUUAUUAUAUUUCUAUUCCCAUACUCAAUGGUAUUCAAUCUCUGUUUUGCUUACGAAUGAUUUCUGGCUUGCAAGCAAGUUAUUUCCUAUAACGUAAGGUCUGCAAUAUGAAAAAUGAAAUUUAAUCUAUAAAAAAAUGGCACAUUUUAAAAUUUCCAGUCUUUUCUGCCGACAAACUAUUAACACCAGCCAGCGCAAAGUAUUCAUGUGAUUUAUUUCAUUAUUUUUAUGGCCAAUAUCAAUGAAGCUUUAAAGACGGGCCUUCAUUUUGUACUCAAAAAGGUAUCGGUACGCAUGAUUAAUAAACAUACGUGUCACGUAACCGGAAAAUGAAAAAUAAUUGAUGUUUAACUAUUGAGAGAUGUCGGUACAUUUUACCGUCGUAAAAAAAAAGCAAGGUUUAAAGGUGAAGGUGACCAAACAUGGCGAUGUGAAACUAAAUAGACAUUGUCUUUAAUCUUUUCCUUCUUAACAGCAGCAUGAAGCUUUACCAAAGUAGAGAACGGAGAAGACUCGGUAAAGACUUCCUGAUUUAUAUUUAUUAUGAAAGCGACAUAUUUCAGUGCCAUUUAAUGCAAUUUAGGUUCUGGAACCUACGCACAUUUCACGCCACCUCUGCAGCAUAUAGAGUGAUCUCAAAAUGCAUAUUGUCUUUCUUUUCUUUUAAUCCUGAACAGAGGAAUUAACGGGCAUGUGACGGGGAAUAUGUUGCAGGCCUGUGGGGAGAUGAUGAGGGGACUGGGACAGAUGGGAUUGCUCAGCUGGGAGCCAGCAUGGACUCGAUGGGCCGAAUGGCCGUCUCCCUUGACAUAAUCAGUAAGUAAAUGGCAAAUUAGUGGCAUCUAAUUCAUUGACGUGAAUUACUAAUCGGAGGAUUCCUUGGACAGAAUUAUUGCUAUGCUUUUAAAACAACCAAUGCUUUUGAGGCCUGCAUUAACGUUGCUCUUCUAUGUGGUGCUGUCCACAGUAUCUGUCUGUAGUUAGUGGUACAAGUGAAAUUGUGAUGAUGUCUGUGCUGCCUACCAUUUCAUUGACAUGUUUGUGGUUGUUGAGCAAUAAGUGUCAAUACAAAAAUACUAAAGCUUGAUACUAAUUUUUUUUUUAAGAUCUCUUUGGAGUUUAGAAGAAUGAGGGCUGAUUUUAUUGAAACAUACAGCAUCCAAAGAGAUCGUGAGUUGGUAGAUGUUGAAAUGUUUCCCCUCGUGACACAGUCUCGAAUGAGGGCCAUCCUUUUAAAACUGACUUGUGCAGAGACUUGUUGCGGAAGGUGGAAAAUCUCCAAAGCUCCACUCCGACAGGUUGUGGGGGCCAGAUUACUGGAGGCAUUUAAAGAGCAGGUAGAUAAAUCUUUGAAAGAUCAGGGAAUCGAGGACUCGGUGUUGGUGGCACGGGAGACGACUUGAGGCUUGGAACCGGCGCUUUAAUGUGACAAAGUAACAUUGAACCAUAGAGGUCAGCCAUGGUCAGGGAGGGACAAGGGCAAGGUAGUCUACUCUUGCUCCUAUGUUCUUAUGUUUUGUGUAUAAUUGACGUUAAAAUGGCAGACAAUUAGUUAAAUAGGGACAUCCAAUUCCUUUUUGAGCAUUCUAAAAUAAGUUAGGGUGGCAUGGUGGCGCAGGGGUAGUGUUGCUGCCUUACAGCGCCAGAGACCUGGGUUCGAUCCCGAUUACGGGCGCUGUCUGCACGAGUUUGUACGUUCUCCACGUGACCGCGUGGAUUUUCUCCGAGAUCUUCGGUUUCCUUCCACACUCCAAAGACGCACAGGUUUGUAGGUUAAUUGGCUUGGUGUAAGUGUAAAAUUGUCCCUAGUAUGUGUGGGAUAGUGCUAGUGGGCGGGGAUCGCUGGUCGGCACGGACUCAGUGGGCCGAAGAGCCUGUUUUCGUGCUGUAUCUUUAAUCUAAACUAAAGUUUCAAAUUCAUAGCACUGAACAGUCCAUCAAAACACGCAACUCAAAGUGACAUUUUUGCGCUUUAUUUUUCACAAGUGUGGACUGUAUUUCUGGCUGAUGCCUUUAACUAGGAUAAGUAAUAGCCAGGUUUAUGGCCAAAGUUGGGUGAUUGGAGUCCAGGUGUAGAUCAGCCGAGAUCUACUGGAAUGAUACAACCAGCUCUAGUGACUGAAUGACCAUGUCCGAUGUUUACAGAAUGACGGAGGGAAGACCUGCUGCAUUC